CCAUCUAAACUUUAUAUUUUUUUAGUAAAUUAGUACAUAAACGAGCUAAAUUAAAAAAAAAGACAGAAAAAAUAAAAAAUGGAAGAUAAGAAUAGCGAAGCUAUUAAUCAGUUAAACAAAAGGAAAACGCUUCGAAAAAGCAUAAAACAAAUAUAUUUUGAAUACUGCUCUAACACAUCGAUCCACGGUAUACAGUAUUUUGGCGAACGCCGCCCGUCAAUAGAAAAACUAUUUUGGCUAUGUGUGUUUUUAGCCUCUAUAUAUUGUUGUUCAAAUUUGAUUCACUGUGUUUAUGUUAAAUGGAAUGAAACCCCUGUAAUAGUUAGUUUUUCGGAAAAAUCCACACCUGUUUGGAGUAUACCAUUUCCAGCCAUUACUAUUUGUUCUGAAACUAAAAGAGUCCCUAGAGAAGGAUUUAGUUAUGGGAAAUUUUUACAAGAUUUGCAAGAGCACGUUGAAACGCGACGUCAUUUUCAAGCAAAAAAUUUAAGUCGUGUGGAAUUGGAAGAACUUCGCACCCUUUUACAUAUUUGCAAUCCCCAACUUAUCAAACAAGGCACUCCUAACCUCUCUAGCGAUUUAAUAGACUAUUUUAGCGUAUUGGAAAGAAUUCAGCCUGAGUUUAAUAGAUAUUUUUACUUUUGCAAGUGGUUUAGUCAUUUUGGAGAAUGUGAUGAGCUCUUUACUCGAACUUAUACAAACGAAGGUAUUUGUUUUACGUUUAAUGGUCUCAAUGCAACAGACCUCUACCGGGAGGACACUGUCCAACACCAACGAACUGUGUCUCAUAAUACUUCCAAAUAUAACAUAAUUCUAAAACGACCUUUUAAAUGGUCACUGCAAAAUGGUUUCUCGCUUGAUAGUGGAAUUAAAACAUAUCCCGCUCGUGUGUUAGGAGCGGGAUCCCGAGCGGGAUUUUUUAUUGCAUUACAAAGUUUUCGUCAAGAAGUCGACUAUGCUUGUCGCGGCCCAAUUCAAGGCUUUAAAGUAUCGCUACAUUCACCGGAUGACGUGCCGCAGGUUUCAAAUCAAUUUGUGCGCAUACCUAUGGGUAAGGAGGUGGUUAUUGCUGUUAAGCCAAAUAUGAUUACUACGUCUUCGGGGAUUGCGGAAUAUCCCCCGCAAAGGCGGCAAUGUUUUUUAGAAAAUGAAAGAAGACUUCGAUUUUUCAAAGUAUAUACCCAAAGUAAUUGUGUGCUCGAAUGCUUAACAAAUUUAACACUGGCAAAAUGUGGAUGUGUUAAAUUUUCUAUGCCCAGGACAUUAGAAAUGCCCAUAUGUGCUGAAAACAAGAUUUUUUGUUACGAUAGAGCGGAAGAUAUUUUAUUGAUGCGAGAGUUUCGUCAAGGUCUUAAAGAAUUUCCCUUAAAUUAUUUAGGAACAACAGAAUGCAAUUGCUUGCCAGCAUGCACGUCACUGGUUUACAAUACUGAGAUAUCACACGGCAAUUUCGAUUUGGAGGAUAUGUUAAAAGCAACUGCAAAUACUUCCUUCUAUGAAGAUUUUCCUGGCUCACAAAUGUCGCGUCUAUCAGUGUAUUUUAAGGAACAUCAGUUUAUAACAUCCAAGAGGUCGGAGUUGUAUGGAAUAACUGACUUUUUGGCUAAUUGUGGAGGUAUUUUUGGUUUAUUUAUGGGGUUUUCCAUAUUAAGUUUAGUUGAGCUACUGUAUCAUAUUUCACUACGCUUGUGGAGUAAUAUGAGACAUCUGACACCUUCAUGAAUGCUGCUUAAAAUAUGGUAUACACAUUUGCGUUUCUUGUUGGUUGUAUGAAUUUAAACAUAUAAUUGUAAUUUUUAUAUUUUUAUUUUUAUUUUUUUGUAUCCGAUUUUUAAC